CUCUGCUCCGCACCACCACCGCGCCCCUGCUCCUGCCAUGUCUGCCGCGCGCCGUGCCAACGACGCACAGGACGCGCAGCCGCUGCUCGCCGACGACGCUGCCGGCGAGCCCGACGUGCGCUUCGCCAUCGACGACGAGUAUGCGCUCGCCGACGAGCUCGAUGCCGACGGCGCACCCAAGUACCCGCCAUCAGUGCCGCCGCCGGCGUACGGCAGUCUCGGCCUGGCCCCGCCGCCGCCCGGCGGGCGCAUCGCCGCCUGGCUGCGAGCGCAUGACAUCGACCUGCCGCAGCCCGACUGGGACGCGCCGCGCCGCGCAUGGCGCCGCCUGUACGCCGCCGUGUGGCGCCACAUGCCGAGCAGCCGCAUUGCCGUCGCCGGCUGCGCCCUCGCCGCCAUGUGGCUCCUCAUCCUCACCACGGCGCCCAGCGUCGACAUGGCGCCGCAGGACGACGGCGGCUGGUGGGCCGGCAUCGGCGACGUCGAGAUCGACGAGGACCUCUCGCCGCUGCCAGCCGCGCCCGAGCCCGUCUCUGGCGACGGGCACAUCGUCGAGGCGGCGCAGUGGGCAACGCCGCACUGUGCCGUGCUGGCCUUUGGCGGCCGGCGGCCCUUCUGCCGCACCAGCGUCGCCUUCAACCUGACGUCGCCGCAGGCGUUCGACACCGACGCCUCGCUCUUCCUCUUUGCCGACCCGCUGCGCGCCGCCGGCCUCAGCGACGGACGUGGCAGAGUGCCCGGCGCAGUGCGAGUGCGCCGUGGAGAACAGGGCACGCCGCCGAGUGUGCGGAUCGAGGCGAGAUAUGAGCGCGGACGUGCACAACUGCUGCGCGAGGCGCGCGUGGGCAAGAUGAAGAAGGGCAUCCAGAGCGAGGGCGUGGGCAUUUACACAAAUCCGCUGCCCGACCGGCUCGCUUCGCGCCUGCCGCCGCCGCUCUCGUUCGACAUCGAAGUCACGCUGCCGGCGCUCUCGCGGCUGCCUGCUUUUGUGCUGGAGAGCGCUGCGAUGGACUUCUUCCUCUUCGCACCCCUGCCGCCAUCAGAUCCGCGCGCCAUCAUCUUUGCCGACGCGCUCGAGCUCGAGGCGGGCUUGCGCGCGGCGCCCGGUCGGGAGCCGCUAUUUGGACGUUUCGAGGCGCGCGCCGGCGAUGGCAGCGUCGUGCUGGGUGCGCCGGGCGUGCAGAGCAUCGGCUAUGCCCUGCUGCGCGCCACGAGUGGUGAUGUCGUCGUGCGCGGCCCGCUGCGGGGGCCCGUCAUCGACAUCCACACCGACAACGGCGCCGUACGCGUGGCAGAGGGCGGCGAGAUUGCCGCGUGGAAGCGCGCCAGCCUCGACUCGGACAACGGCGCCAUCACGAUUGAGAAGGGCGGCCUCGUCGGCGCGCCCGAGUUGCAUGCCACCACGGGCAACGGCGAGAUCAGCGGCGCCGGCAUGUGGCAGGCCAACGGCACGAUGCAGCUCAAGAGCAGCAACGGCGCCGUUUCUGCGCUUGUCGCGCCCAUCACAGCCUCACCUGCGGCCACGCUGGACUUUAGCGCGCAGAGCAAGAACGGCGCCGUGUCGCUGCGGCUGCUCGACUUUGCAUUGCCGCUGGCGGUGCGCGCCGCCGCUCGCACAGAGCUCGGCUCCGCGACGCUGCAUCUGCCGCGCAACUACACUGGCGCAUGGGCCAUUCACGGCAGCCGCGGCAGCACCGACGUGCACCCGCCGCCGCCGACCGCGGCCGGCGCGCCCGUGCGCAAGUGGUCCAGCGAGGGCCGCCAGGAGACGAACACGCACGUCUCGGAGCGCGGCCGGAUCUGGCUCGAAGGCCAGCCGGCAGACGGAGAGGCAACCGUCGACAGCGGGCAAGGUGGUGCGCACCUUUUCGUCGCCUGAGCCACGCGCCUUGCCCUACUGCCCUGCCUCUGCCACCUUAUCAGCACCUCUAGUCCACUCAUUUGCCCGCGCGCCACGCGCCUGCCCCCUUUCAGCAUCGUCCCGGUCCCGCAUUCCCCCACGUCACCCUCAUACAAUAUACACCCGUCCUCAUCCUGCGCGAGAGGCGUGUCAGCACGAGUGGCAUGCGGCAUGG